AUGUUUAACAAUUACAUAGUUGAUAAUACUACAUUAAUAGAAAGAAAUUUUUUACUUUUAACACAUGUACGUCUUAUUGUGAAAUUUUAUAUAUGGCCAUUAUUUGUUUUAUUUGGUUUAACUGGUAAUUGUUUAUCAAUACUUGUUUUAACACGACGUCGUCUUAUACGAACAAGUACAAAUAAUUAUUUAACAAUAUUAGCUGCAUUUGAUUCAUGUUAUUUAAUAUUUACACUUAUACUUAAUUUUGGUUCACAUCCAACUUUUUCUCAAAGUGCAUUUACACAUACGUUAUUAUUUCUUCUACGUCCUUUAGCUGAUUUCAGUUCAAAUACAGCAACAUGGUUAAUUGUUUGUUUCACUCUUGAACGUACAUUGGCUGUAGCAAAACCUAUUUAUGCUAAACGUACAUGUUCAGUACGACGAUCACGUCAUGUUAUAUGUACAUUAUUAAUAAUAUGUUUAUUAAUAACACUACCAACUUAUUUUGAAAAUAGUUUUAUACCUGAGGUGAAUGAUAUCGAAAAUGAGAAUAUUACUUUUAACAUAACACAAAAUAUAAAUUUAAGAAAGCAACAAGAAGUUUUUGUUAUACUGCAUCGUUUAUAUUUAGUAUUUAUUUGUGUUAUUAUUAUAUGGAUACCACUUAUUUUACUUUGUGUCUGUAAUUCAAUUCUAAUAUGGUAA